CGGUCACCACGCAGGAAGUCACGGAGCCGCCGCGGGUGGGGGAGACUCACCCUGGCUGGAGAGUAAACCUUCGCCCCGAGAGCGCGUGGUGGAUUCUUGAGCGUGAAAGAGGCAAGAGCACUUUAGUUGAUGCCUCUCUGACUGCACAGAAUUGCCUCAGUGGCAUGCUUAGGAGACCUGGGCUGUCUUUGACUCGGGAGCUUCUGAGAAGGAACAACCUUGGAUUCCCCUUGUGCUACUCCAAGGCAAAAAUGUCUGCCGUGUCUAAGGCUCGGAGGGUGGAAGGUGUGGACAAGAACAUCUGGGUGGAGUUUGUAAAACUGGCUGCCACAUACAAGACUGUGAAUCUUGGCCAAGGCUUCCCUAACUUCCCUCCGCCAGACUUUGUAAGGGAAGCAUUCGUGGAGGCGAUCAGCGAAAAAGAUACCCUGAUACAUCAGUAUACACGGGCCUUUGGACACCCACCUUUGGUGACAAUCGUGGCCAAAUUCUUUGGGAAGUUAUUAGGACGAGAACUUGAUCCUCUGAGUAACGUGCUGGUGACGGUAGGAGCGUACGAGGCUCUCUUCUGCUGCUUCCAGGGUCUGGUGGAUGAUGGAGAUGAGGUGAUUAUAAUUGAGCCAUACUUCGACUGCUAUGAACCAAUGGUGAAAAUGGCCGGGGGGACUCCAGUGUUCAUUCCACUCCGGCCAAAAUCUGCAGAAGGUAGGACACUAACUUCCAGCGGAGACUGGCAGUUGGAUCCAGAAGAGCUAGAGGCCAAAUUCACAAAGCGAACCAAAGCCAUUGUCUUGAACUCUCCCAACAAUCCUCUGGGAAAGGUGUUCAGCAGGAAGGAGCUGGAGCUCAUUGCCGGACUGUGCGUGAAACACAAUAUCUUGUGCUUCAGCGAUGAGGUCUAUGAGUGGCUGGUCUACGAUGGAAACAAACAUGUUCGGAUUGCUAGUUUACCAGGAAUGUGGGACCGUACUGUGACUAUUGGGAGUGCUGGCAAAACCUUCAGUGCAACAGGUUGGAAGGUGGGCUGGGCCCUUGGGCCGGAUGACCUUUUGACACACCUAAGGACAGUCCAUCAGAAUUCGGUGUACCACUGCGCCACAGCGGCUCAGGAAGCGGUGGCUCGUGCUUUGCAAACAGAGUUCCAGCGCAUGGAGAAGCCAGAAAGCUACUUGGUCCAGUUGCCCAAAGAGCUGCAGCAGAAGCGGGACCGGUUGGUUAACUGUCUGUCUGCCGUGGGGAUGAAGCCUGUGAUUCCUGAAGGCACCUAUUUCUUGAUCGCAGACAUUUCAGAAUUCAAAGCACCAGUUCCGGACCUUCAGAAGUCUGACGAGGAGCCCUACGACUCUCGGUUUGUCAAGUGGAUGAUCAAGAACAAGGGUUUAGCAGCCAUCCCAGUCUCGGCCUUCUACAGCACUCCACAGAAGAAGAACUUUGACCGUUUCAUCCGGUUCUGCUUUGCAAAGGAGAAUGCAACUCUAGAUGCCGCCGCUGACAUCUUGCAACAGUGGAGUCAGAUGAAACCUGGUCAAUAAACAAUUCCAUUUCAGCAGGCUUUGUAGCCAGAACUUGCACAAGCGGGGAAGGAGGCCUCUCUGCAAAGUUUCCUGCUGCUGCCAAACUGCAUCAUGGGAUAUCGGAGGGCUGUGCCCGUUGGUGUGUGCAGAGAAGGUAAUGACCUUCUCUGCUCCCCCGGGAUUUGUGAAACUUCUGCACAUAUUGGGGUAAUCCUAAUGGAGGCUAUUUCCUUAUUGCUUUGAUUCCAAAAGCACCAGGAUGUCCUGUUGGACAUUCUUCAUACCAGUGCCAGAGAGAAAUUAAAUUAAUGUUUGGAAAAGCUUUGCUUGGACUAACUACAAUUUGGUGUGUUCCCCCACCCCCUUUAUUUUGUGUAGCCCCCGGCAGAUGGAUUGUAACCCUUCUAUAAUGCUGUGGGGGGGGGGGUUGCAUCCUGAGAGCCAAGCUACAAGUGAGGCCUGACACAGGUUGGACACUUGUCAGCUUCCCUCAAGUUUUGAUGGG